CUGAUCUGGUCCUGAUCUGGUUCUGAUCCGGUUCUGAUCCGGUUCUGAUCAUGCUCUCUGUCUGCUGCGCAGGUCUGCACCUGCAGCCAAGAAGAAGGAGACACCCAGCAUCUUCUCGUCCAAGUCGGCCUUCUCUGAAAAGAGCAACGAUAGCGACGGCUCCGGGUCGGACAGCGAAGGCGACGCCGCCCCAAAGUUCUCCACCUACUCCAGCAGCUCGGCGUUUGACAAAAUCUCACCAGCAAAGAAAGCUGCAGCUAAGAAAGGUCCAGAAGCGGCGCCCAAACCCAGGAAACCAGCAGCACCCAAAGCAAAGAAACCAGAUAAAUCCAUCUGGGACUCGGACUCGGACACCGGCGCCAAGAAGCCAGCAGCUGCUCUCAAAGGUAAAGUCCGAGGAAAGAAGAGGAAGGACUCCGGGUCCGAAGACGAGUACAGCCCCAUGA